AUGCUUGAUUCUGUUCCUUAUAAUACCAUAUUGCCCCCUGCUGCCGUCGUGGCUGCCUCUCCGAACCCCUACAGGGGAAGACCAGCUGCGUUCCGCUCUGCCCCUACUCCUGUCGAGGAAGACAGUUCAGACGAGCCUCACGCCACAGCACCAACUGAGCCCGUUCCCGAGCCACCUCCUGCUCCUGGUUCCGACGCCGACCCUUCUCGACCUUCCUCCUCCGCCCGCCAUCGUUACAGGACCACCAUCCCCUCUGAAGCUGCUCUAGCUCGUCGGCACGACGCCCCCACGAGCCUUCUGAUGAUGAAAGGUUGCCUCGGCAGUUUGUGGGCAGAGAGCAUGAGCCAAAUGGGUAGCGCACCGCCGUUAGUCCAGAUGGAUAGCAAAGAACUCCGAGAAAGAGUUUCUGAAUUAGAGCUGCAACUGAAUGACCCGGCCCAAGCUAGUUACGCAUUGCGAGCAGAAAUCCAAGCCUUAACCAAUCAGACCGACCGGCAGAAAAAGUCCCUGUCACAGGUUAAAGAUGAGCUCCGAGCUGUAAAAGAGGAAAGAGCUGCCUCUGAGGCGGGGUAUCAGCAGCAACUAGCCCAUCAGGCUCAGGAAAUUCAGUCCAAGGAUACCCUUCCGCAGGAGAGGAACCAGAAAUUGGAGGUCCAGGCAGCUCAACUGGAAACUCAAGCAGCUGAACUGAGGGCUCUGAGAGCAUAA